AUGUCUGGAUCCUCCUGCAAAAUUCCCAGUGAAUCAGAUUCCAAGGUAACUCUUGGACCGCCAAUUCUUUCGGAAAUAGAACACAAAACUUUGCAACUUCAUGGCUUCCGGAUUGAUGCCCUUCUGGCCACAGGUGCUUUCUCACGCGUCUACCGUGGCUUUCUUCGAAAUGGUGACCAUGAAGAGGCUUUGGCUAUCAAAAUUGUGGAUUUACGUGAUCCUCCGCGCUUUCUUAAGCGUGAAAUUGACAUUUUGGCCUCUAUCGUACAUCCCCAUAUUGUCUCACUACAUACCCUUUUCGUAUCCGACGGUGCAUGCUUCAUUGUGACGCGUCUAGCAGCAUCUGGAGAUCUUUUAGACUACAUAAUAAAAAAUGGAGCAAUACCGGAGUAUAAGGCCAAGUUCUGGACCAAGCAAAUUGCUGAAGCAAUUCAAUAUCUUCACUCCCAAGAUAUUGUUCAUCGGGAUCUAAAGUGCGAAAAUAUCCUAUUGACUGAGGAGCUUCAUGUUCAGCUGGCAGACUUUGGCUUUGCAAAGUUUCUGCCACAUGGUCAACUGAGCCAUGGAUAUAGUGAAACUUACUGCGGCAGUAUGUCUUAUGUUGCCCCAGAAAUCCUCCGUGCGCGCCCCUAUAAAUCCAAACCUGCAGAUCUUUGGUCUUUUGGUGUGAUCGUGUUCAUUGUACUCAACGCCCAAGUCCCCUUUGAUGCCCCAUCCCUUCAGGGAAUUCUACGCUUACAGCUCAAACGUGCAUAUAAGUUCCGUCGAAGUUUACGGAAGCAUAUCUCGAGGGACGUCAAGAGCCUUGUGGGGCAUCUACUGCAGCCAAAAGUGAGAAAGCGCUAUACAAUUGAGGAAGUCCUGAGAUCGCGAUGGCUUACCCUUGAGGAACCGUAUUAAUCAAAGUGAGUAUUAUUCUUUGUAGAAAAUUUUAUGUCUCAAUAACACUGACUGAGAGAAAUCCGAAAAAGUUAAAAUAACAUUCCGGAAAUGUUAAUUUUACCCUGCAGUAU